GAGACCUUGUCCUUCCCUUCUUCCACCAUGGUGAAGGCGUCCCUUGCCCCCUUUCUUUCCAGGAGCAAGUCUGUCGCGAAUGUGGAUGACAUUGGUGAAGCGAGCAGCUCUCGAUCCCAACCAAGACCUUCCAGUUCCUCGUCUGUGUUUCCGUCCUUGCUUAAGCUCGAUACAAGUUCCAAUUCUAGCAAACAAUCCUCUUCUCGUAUCUCUAGCGUUCCUCCCAGUGCUCUCGCAUCGCAAUCAAGUCGACCCGUUCCACUCCUCAGCUUGAAGCUGACUGCACCAUCGUUCCUGGACGUGGUCGUUCGCGACCGCGAGAAUAAGGAACCUGUAUAUAUCAUCGAAACAGUUCGAGACAGUACUUCUAUUUAUCGCCUCAACUCAGAGACAGAUGAGGCUAUCAAGGUCUCCACUGUUCAAUGGCCUAACACCAUUACACGGAGCAAACUCAAAUCGGGUCGCACUGUGCAGAUGGCAAACGACCGCUGGCGGGAAGCAGAAGAAUUUCUCAAAUUAGGCCCGCUUGGCAGUAUUGGGACUCGCAAGUUCAACAUUCCACAUUACCCUCAUAGCUUCAAGUGGAAGCUAAUUCCGGGCGGUCACUUCUACUGUUCGACAGCGGGCGCGAACGGACCGUUCGCUAUUCUAGACUCAUCCGUUCUCAGUGCCCCUGCACGGCUUAGCAUUUUCCACAAUUGCCUGGAAGAUGACGAGUCACGCACGCAAGAAAACUACAAGGGUAUCCCUGUACUUCUAUUGGACUAUUUGAUCACGACCUCUCUCCUACUUGUGACUGAAGUACAGGAGUGGUUGGACAGACAACAGAGUCCUUCAGGCACGGUGCGAAUUCCUGGCAGUUCCAUCCCGGCUGUAAAGAAGUGGCUGGCUAUCAUCCACAAUACACCAUUGCCACCGAGUCAGGCAACGUCUCCUUCAGAUACUGCGUCCAGUGCAAAUAUUUGGGGCUCUUCGGACAGGAGGACAUCUACUUCAUCUUCGCCACCCACCUCAGUUGCCUCACCAACACCCUCCGUGCCCGGGACUUCUUUAGACUCUAUUCUCCAUCGGCCGAGCAGUGAAGAAAUUCCACCUGUCCCUCCACUGCCUCAGUCAUCAUCACUCGCCGAUCCGUCUCAGGUCAUAACACCCUUCCCGCAUUCUUUUGCAUCCUCAUCCACACCUCAUUUGCCCUCUCUGCCUGCACCUUCUAUCUCGUCGUCGAUGCGUGCACCACGUAGGCUGCCGAAGCCACCCAUACUCUCUCUUAGCCAACCAGGUGAGCGAGUACCGUGGCAAACACCUGAGCCACUCGGGUCCAAUGACCCUUUGAUUUCACCUCUUCCCGACACUCAGCGCUCGCCUAGCCCGUCGGGCCAAUCUAGUAGCUCGGGGAGUGCGGUGUCCAUGCACUCACGUAAUCGCAGUUCUCGAGGUUCAAUGGGUCGACUCGUGGCGCCUCCAUCAGCACCACCGCCAGCCACGAAUUUGCCACUCCCGCCGAAACUUGCGCAAGAGCUCGCUACCUCUCCCCCUGGUCGGCAGCGCACUUCUCAAACUUUUACUGCUUCACCGCUUGGUCAGUCAUCGUCCGGGCUACAGGCGAUGAACCCUGAUCCUCUUGAUCCGGAGGAAGAAGCGCAAGUACGGAACGUCACAAGGCAGAUGUUGGCUCUGCAUACUUCGAGCCCGAGGCAACCUGCCGGCACACUGGUUGGCAGUCCGCCAGGCGCGUCGACGAUGUUGACGAUGGAGGGUUCUGCUGGAUUCAGCGGCGUCCAUUUGGAUGCCGGAGGUGUGAGGAUGCGAGACGCCGCUGCGAGACACUCGUAUGCGGAGACCGUGUAUGAGAUGCCUCCGCCUGCUUAUGAUGCGAUCGACUUUUCGCUACCACGAAUGCGCCUACAGUCUAAUAAUGGACGGUGACAUUGAACGUCAAUUGGCUUUUUCACUGUUCGUCGAUUUCGUGGACUGGAAUCACAUGCAUAGCCGCAAUCGAUGCCCUCGCGCCUCUCCUACAUUCACUUCCAAGUCUCACUCUAAUGGCGAAUCUCAACUUCGCCGCUUUUAACUUGCAUUCGUAAGUGGUCGGCUUGCCCUGCCUAUCGAAUUUUCAAUGGACAAUACUCAACCAAAAGGCGCACAUGAAGCUUUGGAUCUUCAAUCGCUUUCAAUUUUUGCUCACGUAUGUUUACACUAACGCUGUUUUCUGUCUUACGAUAUCCACUGCAUUUAAUACCCGCCCCCUCCUCCUCCUGGAAUCGAUUUCUCCUUUCACGUCUUUUCUACAUCGAAGCUUGUUUCCAUAGUUGCUUUAUCGAUUUACGCAUGUUUUCUCUCAACAGUCAUUCUUUCUCAUCGUGUUUCCUUUUUCUCCUUCACUUCCAUAUCACACUGGGUCCUCUCUUGUAUUCCUGGCAUAGCAAGACCGACUUCCUUACUUUCUUUUCGUCCUUUGAAUUUUUGUGUCGUGUCCUGAUUAGAUCCAACCGAAUUAGUGUACCUUUCGUUAUUGUAUACCACCCUCGUCAAUACCACCCUCCAAUGUACAGCCGGAUUCAAAAUUUUGCAAUACAUCCCCUUCUCUUCCUCUAUCCCCUGGAAUUCAUGUUCAACUGGUCAUUGGCCAAGGAGAUAUAUUAUUCCUAGCUCCGUAGUUGACCCGCUACCUCCGGACCGAAUUGCGGGGUAUGAUGCAUAGUCAUACAUUAUUGACCAUAUAUACAAUACAUCCCUCGGGGAAAUUUUGGGGCCC